AUGCAGCGGCUGGUGUUGUGUGUCUUCCUGUCCUCCCUGCUGGGGGGGGAGGCCGGGGGGGGCGUGGCAGCGGCUCCGGCUGCAGACGAGGUCACCUACCUGCCCGGUCUGCAGAAACAGCCAAGUUUCCGACACUUCGGGUACCUGAACGUAGCCGACGGAAAACUGCACUACUGGUUUGUGGAGUCCCAGCAGACGCCGGCCUCUGACCCCGUGGUGCUGUGGCUGAACGGCGGCCCCGGCUGCAGCUCUCUGGACGGACUGCUGACGGAGCACGGCCCCUUCCUGAUCCAGGACGACGGAUCGUCGCUGCAGGUCAACCCGCACUCCUGGAACAAGAUUGCCAACGUGCUGUACCUGGAGUCUCCCGCCGGCGUCGGCUUCUCGUACUCCGACGAUAAGAACUACGUCACCAACGACACCGAGGUGUCGAUGAACAACUAUCUGGCUCUGAAGGAGUUCUUCCGUCUGUUCCCCGAGUACAGCAAGAACCAGCUGUUCCUGACCGGAGAGAGCUACGGAGGAAUCUACAUCCCGACGCUCGCCGAGAGGGUGAUGGAGGACGCCAGCCUCAACCUGCAGGGCGUGGCGGUGGGGAACGGCAUGUCCAGCUACGAGAUGAACGAUAACUCUCUGGUGUUCUUCGCCUAUUACCACGGUCUGCUGGGCACCCGGCUCUGGGACCAGCUGCAGACCUUCUGCUGCUCCGACGGGAGGUGCAACUUCUACGACAACCAGAAUCAGAACUGCUCCAUCAGCCUGUCUGAAGUCCAGCUCAUCGUCUACAGUUCUGGACUCAACAUGUACAACCUGUACGCUCCGUGUCCCGGGGGGGUCGGCAGAGACAGCGAGGACGGAGGCGAGCUGGUGAUCCGAGACCUGGGGAACUGGUUCAUCAACCACAGGUCCACUCGGGUCUGGAACCAGAAGUUGCGGGCGGUGUCCCUGCACCGGUCGGUGCGCCUGGACCCCCCCUGCACCAACUCCACCCCCGCCAAGCUGUAUCUCAACAACCCGUUCGUCAAAGCAGCACUGCACAUCAGCCGGGACGCCCUGGACUGGGUCAUCUGCAGCUCUGAGGUGAAUCUGAACUACGGCCGUCUGUACCUGGAUGUCAGGAAACAGUACCAGAAGCUGCUCUCUGCUCUGAAGUACCGGGUCCUGGUGUAUAACGGGGACGUGGACAUGGCCUGUAACUUCAUGGGGGACGAGUGGUUUGUUGAGUCUCUGCAGCAGCAGGUGGCGGUGCAGCGGCGUACCUGGCUCUACGGCGAUGAAGACAGUCAGCAGGUGGAGGGAUUCGUUAAAGAGUUCGACAACAUCGCCUUUCUACCGUCAAGUAACGGCGGACCGCAGGGAGGGACGUGGUCUUUAGCUCCAGGGAGGUCAUCUCUGGGGCGGCACCCACUCAGUGAUGUCAUCUCUGGGCGGCACCCCCUCAGUGAUGUCAUCUCUGGGGCGGCACCCCCUCAGUGA